GCCGCGAGAUCCGACACUCGGCUGUAAUUCAUCUAUAUCGUCGCGUUCGAUCGGGCCAAUCGUUCUGUACGCAGUAGUUCGCGGGCCGAUACACAUCUCGAUCGUGUGACGGUCGGGUGUGUAUGUGUAUGGACAUUUUAGUGAGUGCAGCUUUUUUGCUCAUACGUUACAUAUGAAUAACGUAUAGUGUGCUGGUUAUGUGCUGCACGACGAUUGUCGAAGAUGACACGAGAUAUAAUAAGGACGUAUCAACGGCGCGGAGGAAAUGUGCGACGACGAGAUUCGCUGGCACAGACGGCUACCCUGACGAGCCUCGCGUUUUUUCUGAGCUCGAGCCUGAGUCAACUCGACAGCAGCGCCGGCAGCGGCUACAACGGCAGCAGCAGCGGCGGCAACGGCUUCGGCUUCGGCUACAACAGCGGCAUGGCGAACGCGGCACCGGCCCAUCCAGUCUAUCACAAUCAUCAUCAGCAGAAUCAUCAUAACAAUCAGCAUCAUCAUCAGCAGCAGCACGGCAUGCUGAUGAUGAGGCCGCCGCAUCAUCAUCAGGUCUACAGCGAGUCGUACGUGGACGAUCAGCGCCUCGCGGAGCCGUGGCUGCAGCCCUGCGGAACGCCCGUGGCGGCGGCGCUGCGCAAGUUCCCGCAGCGGCACAGCGUGCACAGGGCGCUGAAGCGCGUCAAGACCCAGCUCAGGGUGGCGCAGAAUCACUUUCGCAAGGAUCUCAAGGACAUACACGAAAUAUACGCCAAGGUGUAUAAAGUGCUGAGGGAGCAGUACCGCAUGAACUGGCUGCCCGAGCGUCAGCUCGAGUGGUAUCAUCGCGAGGUCUGGUGCCUCGAGAAAGGCAAGAAGGCCGAGCGGGCCCUGCCGCGGCUGCACGACGCCCUCCAGAGGUUCGCCAUCACCUUCCAUCAUCUGCGCGAGUUUCGGCUCAGGUCCAGCAUCAACGCCGACACGAUAAUGAUCAGACGAAAUCAGAUUAUCGACGGCAUGAACAGCGAGAUCCUGCGGAUGCUGUGCGAGGUCGAGACGGCCAUCCUGAAUCUGGGCCUGCAGCUGCCGUCGACUUACAAGGCCACCCUCGUCACGGGCAGCUCCAACUGGGCGCGCGAGGGCGACCUCACCCUCAUGCUCAUCCAGGACUCGGGCGUGCUGCGGCUCUAUCAGGCCUUUCUCAACGACUGGAUCCGAGCGCUGCGCAACGCGACGGCCACCGGGCCCGGCACCUGCGACCCCGCCAUGCUGCGGCCUCUGAGCAAUUACUUCAAGCCCAAGAAGCCGAAGAAGGUGCAGAAAGCGACCAAGAACAACAAAAACAACAAUAACAGCAAGAAGAGGCCGAACGAGCAGAAAGUCGCCAAGAACAAGAAGAAAAAUCAGCAGCAGCAACAGCAGCAGCAGCUGAAGAACAAAGCGUACAUGCAGCAGGUCAGGCGAAUGCAGCAGCGAAAAGCCAUGCGAAAGCGACCGAGAAAGAUGACAUGAAUAGCAAUGGAGGCCCAGAACUACAUAUAUCGCAUUAUGUAGCCGUGUAAUUAUUUGUUUUUUAGUAUUUUAAUUUAAGUAGCAAGUUUGUAUUUGUAUCUCUGUGUAUUUAUACUUAUUGUACAUACGCAAUCAUUAGAAAAUUUUAUCGUUACUUUGAUCACGAUUGUCGGGCACACGACCGACUCGAUUGUGUCUCAACAGUAUUACUUCGUGUUUCUACUAUGUGUUUUUUUUUUUAUCGAUUGGCACUGAAUGCAUAAUUCAAGGGAAAAAAAAUUUUUUUUCUUUCGAUAGUAGCAAAUUUAUAAUCAAGUGCGAGCGUCACUCGUAUACAACGUAAUUUUUAUAAAAUGUAACAAUUGAAAAAAGUACAAGAUAAAAUAUUUUAUCGAAGCGAUCGAGGCAAUGCGCAAAGCAUUGCUUGUCCAUUGAGUGUGCGUGAAUCUACGUUGUAUAGUAGGAAUAAAUUAUUUUUCGAUUUUUACGAGGGUCGAUGUAGCUAGCGCGCGACCCGAUGGCAAAAUCGAUUCUUUGGACUGGAUGAGAGAGAUUGAACGAGUGCGUUUUAUUGCCCCAAUGAAAAUGAAUAGUUGUACAUCGAAAUUUAUAUUAUAACGAGUAAUAUCUAAUGUAUAUUCAUAUAGAUAUCCGUUAUCUGCAAUAAUAAUUAAAGUAAAAAAAUUAAUUCGCAGUCCACUUCACGCGUGAAUCGAUAGAUUUCAAAGGUAUUUGAUUUUUUUCUUUUUUGGACGAAAUUUCGUCGCUUGCUCGACAGACGAUACCCACGCUGAGCACCGAGUGUGUCAGAAAAAAAAUUAGCAAAAUUGUAGAUAAAUUAACUAUAAUUAUGAUAAUCUGAAAUAGUACUCGAAACGAUCAUUAGAAUUAUUACAUUCAGGGUGAAACUUUGAAAAAAAUAAUUUAAAAAUUUGCUACAAAUAGUUUGCAGGGAAUUUUUGUGAAAAUUUCGACAACACAGCAUUGAUUUAUAAUCAUAGUCAAUUUUCUAAUUGUACAUUAUGUCGGAAUCUGUCGAUUCAUCAACGUCCUCGUUAAGGCUCUCAAGUCCAAAUAGAAUUUUUGGAUGCUCACAAGAAUUAUAAUAGACAUCCACGACGUAGUUACAUAAGAAUUUGUAAAAAAUUUAUAUGUUAUAGUCCGUAAGUGAAUUCCCGUAACGCAACGAAUUAUCGUGCUUUUUUACAUUGGACAAUGUAAAUGUAAAAAAGCUUCAGGCGCCGUUUUUAUACGAAAAUACGCGACGAAUGAGCUUGGAAUCAUUAGCUGUGAUAUGAAAAACGAACGUACGCGGACCUUAGCGAGUUCCUACGUUUUUCCAUGUGUUUUCUUCAUUUUUUUUUACUUUAAUAGCAUGAAAAAAAAUGAAUUUUACUCAUUCCAUUGUGGCAACGAGCUUGCUCAAGUAACAAUUGUACAAAGUGUUUUUAUUUUUGGUAGUAGACAUAUUUUUGACAUCUCUCGACUAUUUUUCGCUUUUUUUUACAUAAUAUACCUAUGAGACGGAAUCUCUUUUUUUGUUACGUAAUUUGUAGCACAUAAAUAAGACGAUAAUUAAAUAGGAACUCAGUACUCGUUUGAUGUUUUUUCGAAUCGAUGAAAUUUUCGCGCGAGAAAAUUUCAAUUCUGAUGUGAGAAAUCAUCGAUCACACACCUACACACACUGUAAUCAUUUGUAUGGCAAUUAGUUUAUCAUAACUUAUAAUAGUUUCUGUCCUACGGUCACUAUCGCAAUUUUUUUAUUAUUAUUUUUUACGCAUAUCUGGAAGAUUUUAUGUAGUGGGCAUACACGUACUAUAUGAUGUAUAACAAUGUAGGAUUACAAGCAUUAAAUAAUUAUAUGAUAUCCACGUUACCAUCGUUGUAUACGUAAAAAAUAUUUUACUUGUUAUAUGUAUAAUUGUCUUAUAUGUUCGCACUCGUGAAAUUUACAUUUUUCCCCGCUCCCCACAGAAACUGUACGAAUAUACAUUUAAAAAUGUUUAUAAUAGUUUUUUGCGAUGAAUAAAAUAUUAUUCAACCAUAUAAUA